GGUCUUAUUACUGCUACACCAAAUCAUCCCCUCAAUCAUCCCAUUAAAAAACUUCUCCUCUUCCUCACUACCUUCCUUGCAACAAUUACGUUAACGACUUCUCUUGCUCUCUUUUCUUUUUCUCUAAAAUGGCUCUCUGCUCUAUUUUCUUCCUUUGUGUGUUACUUACCGUUCUGCCUCAUCCUUCUCAAUCCAUCACUGCUAACCAGUCUCAGUUCUUCGUUCUUAUGAAGACCUCUCUAUCAGGAGAUGCAUUAUCUGGAUGGGACACUGAUGGAGGGAAACAUUACUGCAAUUUCUCUGGAAUUAGCUGCAACAGCCAAGGUUAUGUGGACAAGAUUGACAUCUCCGGUUGGUCACUUUCUGGUCAGUUUCCAUCUGGUGUAUGCUCUUACCUGCCACAGUUACGUAUUCUUCGUCUCGACCACAACCAUCUCUAUGGAAACUUUUCUGACAGCUUCGUCAAUUGCUCUUUUCUGGGAGAGCUCAAAAUGAGUUACGUAUACCUCCAAGGAAUACUUCCUGAUUUCUCACCAAUGAAAUCUUUACGGAUACUAGACCUUUCAUACAACCUCUUCACAGGCGACUUCCCCAUUUCGGUGACUAAUCUUUCCAAUCUUGAGGUGCUCAACUUUAAUGAAAAUCCAGGUUUCAAUUCAUGGCAACUUCCGGAGAAUAUUUCUCGGUUGACAAAGCUCAGAAGCAUGAUCUUGGCCACAUGCGUCUUGCAUGGUCGAAUCCCGCCAUCAAUAGGAAACAUGACUUCUCUUACUGAUCUUGAAUUAGCUGGGAAUUAUCUCACGGGUCAGAUUCCUCCAGAGAUUGGAUUGCUGAAGAACUUGCAGCAGCUUGAGUUAUUUAACAAUCAGCACCUUUCUGGCACUAUACCUGAGGAACUGGGAAACUUGACGGAGCUCACAUAUUUGGACAUGUCUGUCAAUCACUUGAGGGGUAAGAUUCCAGAAUCCAUUUGUAGGCUGCCCAAACUGCGAGUCUUGGGGCUUCACAACAACAGCCUUACGGGAGAAAUCCCAAGUGCAAUUGGAAAUUCAACAACCUUAACUAUCUUAUCACUUUACGACAAUUUUCUGACUGGAGAAGCUCCUCAGAAUCUGGGGCAAUUUUCAAGCAUGGUUGUUCUUGACUUGUCAGAGAACCGGCUGUCAGGUCCACUUCCAACUGACGUCUGCAAUGGAGGUAAACUGAAAUACUUUCUCGUCCUGUCAAACUUGUUUUCUGGAGAGUUGCCUGCUAGUUUAGAAAAGUGCACGUCUCUUUUAAGAUUUCAAGUCAGUAACAACCGUUCGGAGGGCCCAAUACCUCAAGGUAUUUUUGGUCUUCCCCAUGCUUUUAUCAUUGACUUAGGUUACAACGCUUUUAGCGGUCCAAUUGCAAACACAAUUGGAAAUGCUAGAAACUUGUCCGAAUUGUUUAUGCCAAACAACAAGAUUUCGGGUGUCUUGCCUCCUGAAAUUUGUGGAGCUAUCAAUUUGGUGAAAAUUGAUCUCAGUAAUAAUUUACUUUCUGGUCCAAUACCUUCAGGAAUUGGAAACUUAAAGAAGGUAAAUUUGCUGAUUUUGCAAAACAACAAGCUGAAUUCUUCCAUUCCCAUGUCACUUUCUUCACUAAAAUCUUGCAAUGUCCUUGAUCUCUCCAACAAUCUCCUCACCGGGAAUAUCCCUGAGAGUCUCUCCGAGUUGUUGCCAAACUCUAUCAACUUUUCAAACAAUCAGCUUUCAGGUCCAAUUCCUCUCUCUUUGAUCAAAGGGGGUUUGGCUGAAAGCUUCUCGGGCAACCCAGGUCUUUGUGUUUCAGUCAAUGUUAAAUCAUCUGAUCAAGAUUUUCCUUCAUGUUCUAAAACUUACAAUCGAAGGAAGCUGAAUUUCAUGUGGGCAAUAGUAAUUUCAGCUGUUAUUAUUUUCAUUGGACUGAUCUGGUUUGUUAAACGCCGACUCAGUAAACAAAGAGCUCCGAUGGAACAUGAUGAGACUUUGUCUUCAUCAUUCUUUUCAUAUGAUGUAAAGAGUUUCCACCCAAUAAGUUUCGAUCAAAGCGAAAUCUUUGAAGCCUUGAUCGAAAGGAAUAAAGUGGGGCAAGGAGGAUCUGGGACAGUGUAUAAAAUCGAAUUGAAGAGUGGGGAGACAGUUGCAGUGAAGAAAUUGGGGAGUCAAAGAACAAAUGAUUCUGCUUCAGAAGAUCAGUUACUUUUCGACAAGAUAUUGAAAACUGAGGUGGAGACUCUUGGAAAUAUCAGGAACAAAAACAUAGUGAAGUUAUACUGCUACUUCUCAAGUUUGAAUUGCAAUUUGUUGGUUUAUGAGUACAUGCCAAAUGGAAACCUUUGGGAUGCUCUCCACAAAGGAUGGAUCCAACUGGAUUGGCCAACUCGUCAUAAAAUUGCAUUUGGUGUUGCUCAGGGUUUGGCUUAUCUUCACCAUGGUUUGAGGCCACCGAUUAUUCACAGAGACAUCAAGUCAACCAACAUCUUACUAGAUGUCAAUUGUCAGCCUAAAGUUGCAGACUUCGGAGUAGCCAAAGUUUUGCAAGCUAGAGGAGGCAAAGAUUCCACCACUACAGUUAUUGCAGGGACCUACGGUUACUUGGCACCUGAAUUCGCAUAUUCAUCUAAAGCAACGACCAAGAUUGAUGUGUACAGUUUCGGAGUGGUGUUAAUGGAGCUAAUAACAGGAAGGAAACCAGUAGAGGCAGAUUUUGGAGAGAAUAAAAGUAUCAUACACUGGGUUUCAACAAAAAUUGACAGCAAGGACAGAGCAAUGGAGGUACUUGACAAGCGAUUAUCAGGGUCAUUCAGGGAUGAAAUGAUUCAGGUUCUCAGGAUCGCCAUCCGUUGUACAAACAAGGCACCUGCAGUUCGCCCAACAAUGAAUGAGGUUGUUCAGUUGCUGGCUGAGGCUGACCCUUGUAAAUUCGGCACUUCCAGUUUUCAGAAGACUAAAGAAUCGUUCAAUGUCACUAAAAUAAAGAACCCAUCAGAAUCUUAAUAACUUGAGGAGUAUUAUGGGGUUUUAGAUGAUGUAAUAUAGAAGAAUAGUAUAGUCUAUAGAACUAUUCAGAGAUUUAUCAUAGAGCAACUUAGUUACUCUAUUAUUAUCUUUUAGUAGUUUACUGAUUUUAAUAAUAAAGUCAUGAUUCCUAAUUUCCUAUUUGUAAGGCCCAUUUCACCCAAACUAUCCACUGGAAAAAGAUAAAAUGUCCUAAUUGAUUGAUGAGCAUCUUUGUCUCUGCAUUAGUUAAGGGACAGAGGAGAAAGCAUAAGCCUUUUCUCUUUUUCCUGGUUCUUCUUUUUACUAUGACAGUUUGACUGAUCUGUGGAAUGAAAAUUAUGAAGAUGGCAAGAGUCCAAGCUUGUU